GUUCCAGUCAUUACUUCCGCGGGUGUUUUUAUGGGUGCCAGAAGCUGUAUUUUUGCACUUCAAAAAAAACUCCGCUGCUAAAUUUUCACAUUGUUUGGGUCCACAUACAAUAUCUGUAAACAAGUGUUUCUUUUUGUAAAAACUAAAGUGUAAUCACAGGUUGAUGCUGAGUAAAUGUAAUUUGACAGCAGUCACAAUGAUAACAAUUAGUAAGAUAGUUCCAUAGUUCCAGAACAUUAUAUGCUCAAGUGCAAAGUUAAAUAUGUCACAUUAAGUAAAACGGUACAUUCCUGGUGAAAUGUUGUGAUGUAAAAAGACAAAGGCAACUAUUUUAAAAUAGUAAAAUUGGUUUCAGAAAUGGCUGACUCUUAUGGUAGUUCUUCAACAAGGAGUGUGAAAUAAAACCCCCAAAAAAUGGAAUGCAUAAUACAGGAUAAAUAUGAAUCAAAAGACAUUAUAAAUACACAGUUAGCUAGCGUAUCUUUCUAAGUCAUUCUUUGAAUUUUACAUUAUGGAAAUCAAGAUUCAGAGUGCUUCUACAAGAACUUCUUUUAUAGCUGUGUUCUUAGUGUGUUUUAUGCACAUCAGCUCACAUGCUAAUGGGGAAACUUCAAGAAGUUCAGACAUAGACUUUUACACUUUUGAAGCUUAUGAUAUUAACAAUGAAAGAGUAUCUCUGGAAAAAUUUAGAGGCAAGGUUUCAUUAGUUGUAAAUGUUGCUAGCGAAUGUGGCUACACUGAUGGUCACUACACAGGCCUGAAUUUUCUGCAAGAUACUUUCAAAGACACUCAACUAUUUAAUGUUUUGGCCUUUCCUUGCAACCAGUUUGGCCAGCAAGAACCUGGGUCUUCAGAAGCUAUCUACAACUUUGUCUAUGAAAGGAAAGGAGCCAAGUUUCCUCUUUUUGCUAAGAUUAAUGUCAUUAAUAACAAUGUGCACCCAGCUUGGAGUUUUUUGAUAAAUAAUUCUGGUCAUGCUCCAAAUUGGAAUUUUUGGAAAUAUUUAGUUGACCACAAUGGACAAGUCAUUGGUGCAUGGGGUCCUCACACUAGCCCAGAAGAUCUAUUGGAUAUUAUUAAGUUAGCAAUACAAAACAUUCCCUCAGUUAAGAAAAAUUCUGCCCAAUUUAGUCGAGGAGAUGAAUUUUAAGUAUGUAAAAUAUUAUAUUUGAUGCAAAUUGUAACUCAAUUCAGUUAUAAAAAUAUUAAGUUUAUUUUUUAGCAUUACAGUGCAAUACAGCAUUAAUCAUCUGUAUUCUGACAUAACUUAUUUCUUAAAAAAAAUUCACAAUAAUUAUGUCCAAAGUUUCCUGUAGUCAACUGCUUGUUUAAUUUUUAACUUGUAGAGAUAAUUAUUUAAAGUCCUAGUUUGUAUUUUUUAAAUUUCAUAUAACUAUCAUAAAAUAGCUUUAAAGUGUAACAUCUGACUUAAAGUGUAAAAAAAAAACAGCAUUAAAAAAAUCUUUUUUUUUAAUAUCCUGAAUCUAUAUAAAGAUUGAAAAUUCAAACAUAUGUGCAAUUAACACAAUUGAAAUGUAAUGUUUUUUUUAUUCAUUGUUUUAUUGAUAUAUGGAUGCCAGUACUUAUACAAUCUUGGUACUAUUUAUACAAUGUUGCAAUUCUUUUUUAAAUGUAAUAACUAUUUUUAUGGUUGAUAUUAGUUAACAUAUAUCUUUUAUAUUUUAUGUAAUUAAAUACUUGCAUGAAUGUGGGAAAAUUCUAUACAAUAAAAUACAAUAUUUACUUAUUUCAUUAAGCAAUUUGUUUUUGAACUCAAAGACUUCCUAUUUUGAAUAACGGCAAUAGUCAUUUUUUGGUCCUAUUAGUAGGUUUAUACAUUUCCUUUUUUAAAAAAUCUCUUUCUUUUUUUUAACAUUUUUUUAUUUGAUUAUGUUUGUAAAAGUUUUGAAAAACAUACCAUAAUGGUAUAGAGGUAGCAAUUGACAAUCCUAAAAAUUUAAUAUGCUCCCCUGAAAUGUAGCUUGAAAUUGUUUUUUCCAUAAGCAAGUGAAGAUUAAUUGUAUAAAAAUAAUGCUUAUAUACUCUUAAUAAUGUUAUAAUAAGAACAUUGCAUUGAAAUAAAUAUUUCUUUGUUUACUUAAACAUAGACAAAGCUGUAAAAUAUUACAAUGCUGAAACAAUUUUAAUCCAAAUUAAUUUUGUAAAAGUAGCAAUAUCAACUUGCUUGGCUAUCUGAACAUGUGUACACAUACAAAAGACCAUGCAGUAUCUGUAUAUCAUUUAUCGGUAGAGGCUUUGAGACAAAAUGUCAUCAUCUUUUCAUCCCCAUGGUAGGCUGACUUACUUCAUCUUUUCAUAUUUAUUUUAUCCUUGUCAAUCAUAAUCAGGAUUUAAUCCACGAAAGUGGAGACAUUUUUUGUAACCACCAGUUUAGAGCCCACAAAUCUUAAUGGCUUGACCCUUCACUAGUCUCGGCAGCUGAUCAGUUCAGCAUAAGCUAUAGACACCGACAGACACAGUCUCUACACCAGACGAGCGUGCAGGGGCAAUUUCAAUCAGAGCUUAGCAUUUUCCCCAAACCUCAUCGGCUGAGCUCUGCACCAGGAGAGUGUGAGAGUCUGCUAUGAAAGUUAAAUCCCUCGCAACGUUAGCCCUUUUCGGAACACCCCUAGAGCAAGGGGGUGAACUUACUCCAGUUACCAGAGGACACCACGAGGAGGUCGGCGGGCACUAUCCUCCAAUCCUUUUCAGUUAAUCUCUACAAUUUACAAACAAGAUAAUAAACUCAGACAGAGCGACAACGUAACUAUAAUCAUUAUUCAUAACCUUAUUUAAUAGGGUCUUAAAGCAUGAGAAAACAGCUUAGAGAAUGGGAGUAAAUAGGGUCUAAUAUUUGAGUUCAACAGAUGAACAAAUAUCACACUUUCAGUGUUUCGUCAUGAGUAAGUGUUG